GGAGCAGGGGGCGGAGUCUGCUGAAGUUCAGUAUCAAAAGCAGCGCCUCUCAACACACAGGACCAGAGCUAUAACGCUAUACCGACGACGAGGAUGGCGGAGAACAGGGACAGAGCCACGGACCAGAUGAGGUUAUGGAAGGAGAAUAGAGGAGCUCAGCGUGCAGAUGUUCUGACCACAGGAGCAGGUGUUCCGAUAGGUGAUAAGCUGAAUGUUCAGACUGCUGGGCCACAGGGACCUCUGCUGGUGCAGGAUGUCGUCUUCACGGACGAGAUGGCUCACUUCGACCGGGAGCGCAUUCCUGAGAGAGUGGUUCAUGCCAAAGGAGCAGGUGCAUUUGGCUACUUUGAGGUGACCCAUGACAUCACACGCUACUGCAAGGCCAAGGUGUUUGAACAUGUUGGGAAGACCACCCCCAUUGCUGUGCGCUUCUCUACUGUAGCUGGUGAGUCUGGCUCAGCUGAUACUGUGCGGGAUCCUCGAGGAUUUGCGGUGAAGUUCUACACUGAUGAAGGCAACUGGGACCUAACUGGCAACAACACACCUAUCUUCUUCAUCAGAGAUACCAUGCUGUUUCCGUCCUUCAUCCACACCCAGAAGCGGAAUCCUCAGACUCACCUGAAGGAUCCUGACAUGGUGUGGGACUUCUGGAGUCUGCGUCCAGAAUCUCUGCAUCAGGUGUCUUUUCUCUUCAGUGACCGUGGAUUGCCUGAUGGAUAUCGCCACAUGAAUGGAUAUGGAUCCCACACCUUCAAGCUAAUAAACUCUCAAGGCUACCCUGUCUACUGCAAGUUCCACUACAAGACUGAUCAGGGCAUUAAGAACCUGAGUGUGGAGGAGGCAGACCGUUUGGCCUCCAGUGACCCAGACUAUGCCAUCCGUGACCUGCACAACGCCAUUGCCAAUGGCAACUUUCCCUCCUGGACGUUCUACAUCCAGGUCAUGACUUUUGAACAGGCAGAAAAAUAUCCAUGGAAUCCUUUUGAUCUGACCAAGGUGUGGUCUCAUAAGGAUUUCCCUCUGAUCCCGGUGGGUCGUUUGGUGUUGAACAGAAACCCUGUAAACUACUUUGCUGAGGUGGAACAGUUGGCAUUUGAUCCUAGCAACAUGCCACCAGGCAUCGAGCCCAGCCCUGACAAAAUGCUGCAGGGUCGUCUCUUCUCCUAUCCCGACACCCAUCGCCACCGGCUUGGAGCAAACUACCUCCAGCUGCCUGUUAACUGCCUUUACCGUACCCGUGUGGCCAACUAUCAGAGAGAUGGGCCCAUGUGCAUAUCUGACAACCAGGGGGGAGCACCCAAUUACUACCCCAACAGUUUCAGUGCUCCAGACUGUCAGGCUCAGUUCAUGGAGUCCAAGUUCAGGGUGUCUCCUGACGUUGCGCGCUACAACAGCGCAGAUGAUGACAAUGAGACUCAGGUUCGCACCUUCUUCAUGGAGGUCCUGAACGAAGCCGAGCGUGAGCGUCUCUGCCAGAACAUGGCCGGCCACCUGAAAGGAGCACAGCUGUUCAUUCAGAAGCGCAUGGUUCAGCGUCUGAUGGCAGUGCACAAGGAUUAUGGCUCACGUGUUCAGGCUCUCCUUGACAAGUACAACGCAGAGAGCAAAAAGAACUCUGUCCAUGUGUAUACUAAGGGAGGAUCGUCUGCUGUGCCUGCUUCCUCCAAGAUGUAACCACUGUAUUUAACACAGCUGCUUACACCACUGACUACUUACUGCUCGCAUGCAUACUCCUGUACACGGUCAGAGAGCUCAACCUCUCUCAGCUCUUCCAAACCUCAGGACUCUGAUCUAAGACCAGCUUUCCCACGUCCAUAUCAUCGUUUUCCUGAAGAACUGAAAGGCGCAAACUGAUCUUGGAUUAGUUCUCUCAUCUCUAAUAUACUGCUUCAGACAGCUUGGUUGGUAAACCAUCCAUCAGAUGCUCUCUAAAUAGCUGACUAUUAGUCCGUCUGAUUUCUUUUGUAGAUUCAGGUAAGAAAGUCCAGUACAUGGCAGCUCUGCAUUCUUUGCUCCUGUGUGUGUUCCAGUGAAGACCAUUGCUGCAGUUGUAAGGCAAAGCUGAAUAUUCUGUUCUGUCCAGCCAGAGAAUAGAUCAGGAUUGCUCCUCUAAUAUGGGCCCUCCUGCUUUGUGGCAUACCCCAGAUUAAUUUUGAAGCCUCAGUAAAGACAUUUUGAUACAUUCACUUUUUGCUGGUCUUCCACAAAAGCCUUCUGAACAUACUCUCACCUCAAAGUGCUGAUCCACUGUAGAGAUUGAACUGGAAAAACAGAUUUGUGUAGUGGUCCGUAAACUGAUCAGUAAAUCCAUUUUUCUUUAGAUUAAGUAAGCCCUGUAAGUUAAGCUCCAAGUCUGAGGUCUUCACAUCUAGUUUUGUGUCAUACUGGGAGAGCUGAAACUGUGAUUUAUCUUCAUAAUUCUAUCAUCUCAGUACAAACUCUUGCAGUUUAAUGAAAUACUGAGUAAUGCUUUAAUGAACACUAGAUAAGUCAUCUAAUGAGAGUUUGAUAUUUUUAGUUUUCUCAGCAUUAACUAGACAUUCCCUGAUUGACUGAUUGUACCUAAAUAAUGUAACAGUUACCACAGUGAUCCUGUUAUAAGUAUUAAUUCAUUUCAAGCUUUGAUUUUUAGAUAACACUAUGAUGCCUCAUAUCAGUGUCAGUGUGAAAAGUUUAAAAACAGAUGGUAGCAUGAAAGCCACAAUGUAAUUGUGCCUUACUGUCGCGUUUCUUGAAUUGAUCCUGUGCCCAACAGUGAAAAAGCUCUUAACAAGUGAAUAGUGGAGGAACAAUAAAUUGAAGGUCUUCUAUGUGGUUUUGCUGAAUAAAUGAAUCAUUUCAUCCGUCCGGUUUCUCUCCGCUUCUAAGAUUUUUGAAAAUCUAUAUCCUGUCUUUUCGGAAGAGAAACGAUUUUCCUGACGUUAUGAACUUUAACUAAACUUAAUAAAUUAUAAUGAUUUGCUAUGCA